GUACUGGGAAAAGGAAAGCGAGGACUUCCUGGGUGGGUGGUUGAUCGUAGACUGACUAGGCAACUGCUCGUAAUAAAUCGUGUGACGAGUAACACAUUGAAGCUCCGCCGUAUUUCGUUUUGCUUCCGUCGGCGAAACAACCUACCAUCUCCUUCUGUUUAUUCAGAGUUCAAAGACAUUUGGUGAGCGUAAGGAAUUUGUGUGAUUUUUACGCUCAAUUGCCAAAUCGAGUUCAAUAAUCGCAUCGCUUCGAAAUGACAGGCGCGGAUGAAGAAACGCAAGUAAACACUAAUACCUGCAAAAAUAUUCUUGUCGUAUUAUCUUGGAUCAUCGUGAUUCUUACUAUGCCAUUUUCCCUCUUCAUUUGCUUCAAGGUGGUGCAAGAAUACGAGAGGGCCGUGAUAUUCCGUCUAGGACGACUUCUGGCUGGUGGUGCUAAAGGACCCGGAAUCUUCUUCAUUUUGCCUUGCGUGGAUAAUUACGCACGUGUCGACCUACGUACACGAACGUACGAUGUACCACCUCAAGAAGUGUUGACGAAGGACAGCGUGACGGUAUCGGUUGACGCAGUAGUGUACUAUCGCGUAAACAAUGCGACGAUUUCGAUCACAAACGUCGAGAACGCUCAUCACAGCACUAAGCUAUUGGCACAGACUACGCUUCGCAACACGAUGGGAACCAGGCCGCUUCACGAGAUUCUCAGCGAACGCGAAACGAUCUCCGGGAAUAUGCAGGUUUCCUUGGACGAAGCUACCGAUACAUGGGGAAUCAAAGUGGAACGAGUCGAAAUAAAAGAUGUACGACUACCAGUGCAAUUACAAAGGGCCAUGGCUGCGGAAGCUGAAGCUGCUCGCGAAGCCCGUGCCAAGGUUAUCGCAGCAGAGGGUGAGCAAAAGGCUAGUCGAGCAUUAAGGGAAGCUUCGGAGGUGAUCGGUGAUUCUCCUGCCGCACUGCAACUUCGCUACUUACAAACUUUAAACACUAUUUCAGCCGAGAAAAAUUCAACGAUCGUAUUCCCAUUGCCUAUCGAUAUGCUAACAUAUUUCAUGAAAGCAGCUGCCGCGAAGGACUCUUAAUAUCUCGAUACAAGUUAACAGUCUAUUAUCUCAUCAGAGUCAUCUACGAUCUUCUGUGCGUAAGGAAUGUGUGUAAUAUAUAAUUAACGCUAUAUAGCAUUAUGUACUGGAAAUCGACAUAACAAGGGACAAGGAUACUUAAUUUUAUUGUUGGUACAAUGAACAAAUAUUCGAUGAAAAUGAGGUCAGCUCCAAAAGAAGUUACUCACCAUGUAUGGAUUACACCUAACUGAUUCUCUAAUCGACCGUGUACUUUUAUAGCGUACUUGACUCGAUCCUUUUUCCAUCGAUUAUAGCAAAACGUUUUACAUCUCAUCACCACAUCACCGUAUCUGUCGACCAAUUUUAUAACACGUCAUACAUACAGUGGCUACAAAAAAUAUUGGCACACUAUUGUAUUUAUUAUAGCAUUUAUAUACUAAUUAAUCAAGUCCAAGUAUAUUAAAUUUCGUAUCAUUAGUAAGGGUAAUGGAAAUUAACUUUACUCUUGUACUUAUUUAUUCAUGUAUGUUUCGUAUAUGUUCACGCGUGUACGCGCGUAGUAUAAUGUAAAGCAAUGUUUUAUAAGAAUUUUAUAAUCCAGGAGAAGAGGAACGAACCUCUUCGAAAUGUAAUCUCCGUUUUAUUGAACGAAAGUACAAAAUGAUUCACUUCGCACUCGCGAUAAUUAUGUAUGUAAACAUGUAACUUUUUUCUUCUACGAUUCACAGUUUCAACAUACGUUGCGGACGAUAUACAUGUAAGUAAUGUACAUAUGCUCAAUGUCCCUGUAUAUUUGUUAGUGAUACAAAGGACUGUUAGACAGAGUUUGAGAAUAAUUAAUUUAAAAGAUGUUUUAACUUUGAUUCUAUCAAAUUUAGGAUACGAAUGUGUUUAUAUUCUUCUUAUCUUCUACUUUGAAAAAUACAGUUUAUCAUUAUAUUAAAAUAUUAAAGAUAUUAAAAUAUU